AUGUUGCCCCGGAAUAUAAAAAUUGGCUACCUUCUAAUAGGUUUAGUGCUUUAUUGUGCCAACAGUGAAAUUGUUGCUGCCUCUGCCACCGAGUGCUAUCAAUGUGAUGGUGAAGACUGUGAUGACCCAGCGGUAGUCCAGUGUCCUGAUAUCAAUGAAAAUGAGCAGUGCUACAUACGCCUCGACUCAAACUAUGAUUUCAUUGGCAUGGGUUGCAGCUCAGAGUUAGGCAAUGCAACGCGAAUUGCCGAGUUGAUUCGAAACAAGAGAAUUUAUGUAUGUUCGACGUCGAAUUGUAAUGGAUAUGAGAAUUUGGCACAACCAAAUGAUUGCACUGAAUGCAAUUCAACGGAGGAUGCCAGGUGUGCUACACAACCGCGCUUAGCGGGUCGUUCGGUGCGUUGCAACAACGUGCCGUACACGAAUUGCUAUGAGCGUGUUAGUCUUGCCAAUAAUGGGACGACCGAACGUGGCUGCCUCUUCGAAUUGGAAGGCGAUGAUUUUUAUAAUUGCGUGACCGGGGAGGAUGCGCUCUGCAAUCUAUGCGAGGAUAGUGGCUGCAAUGUAGAGAUCAUUCCCGCCAAUCGUACUCAAUGUCAACGUUGCGAUUCUCUAACAGACAGUAAUUGCAGCAGAGCACCAUCAGCGCUCGCCAUAUGUCCCAUCUAUGUUGCAAACGAUGCUUGUGUGUCGGUCUAUGAAUCGGGUGUAACGCGUCGCGGCUGCUCUAGUGAGUUCAGUUGCGAUGCCACCGCUAGAAAUUGCCAAGUGUGCAGCGGCACCGGCUGCAAUCAGGCGAAUGUGCAAAGAAGAUCAGAAGAAUUGUAUGGCAUCUUUCAAGAUUUGCCAUUGAACUGUAAUAGUUGUUCGGGAGAGGAUUGCUUGGUGUACAGUCAACGUUUGCGCAAAUGCGAAGGUGACAUUUAUCAGGAUUGUGUGACAGUAUUCAACGAAAGCAGUGUAGUUGUGGCACGUGGCUGUGAAACAGCUGUCGCCGCUGAUUACGAAUCACAUUGCGCUGCAAAUCCAGAGCUAUGCUUCAAUUGCAAAUCGAAUGGUUGCAACAAUAUCACCGAAGUGAAAGCAACACAACAGUGCCUGUACUGUGAUGAAGCCACCAAUGCUGACUGUUUGGCGAAUGCCAGCGCGAUUACAACUACACGCGCAUGCGUCGAAGGUUGUGUGACAGCAUUGUAUGAACGCAAAUCCAAUCCACAAGUGUUCGAUUUGGCGCGCACCUGUUUCGAGGAUCUGGAAUUUGAUGAUCGUGCAACAUGUAAUGAGGCAAACAAUUGUGUUAGAUGCACCGAAGGCGAUAGGUGUAAUACGGCGGCAGUGCCUGCCGACGGACGUUUGUCGUGCCUGCAUUGCGAUGGCAACGAUUGUGAUGAGCCUGUGUCGAUCACAUGCAGCGGCUAUUCGGCGCGUGAUCAGUGUUACAUAUAUUUUGAUCCAGAAACACAUAGCGCUGUACGUAUGGGCUGCAGGAGCAGUGUAUCAGCGGAUGCAAUUUACAACGAUAUCAUUCACUAUUUCCUCUGCGAUGGCGACGAUUGUAACACGUAUAGCAAUUUACCAGACGCGAACAUAUGUUAUGUGUGCGAUUCAUCGGUAGAUGCGAAUUGUGCCAUCAACCCUACGGCGAUCACAGCGCAAACGAGAUGUCAAAUCAAUCCACACACAGACUGUUUCACGCGCAUCAAUGAAGAUGGUCACACCAUUCGCGGUUGCGUCAGCACGCUGAAUAAUACGCAGUUCCUCUCCUGCAACGAAGGCACCCCGGGCGAAUUCUGCCGCAUCUGCUCGGCCAGCGACUGCAACAGCAACGUCUUUCCCAGUAGUCGUCAACGCUGUCACCGCUGUAACUCUACCGCUGAUUCUACUUGCGCAAGCGAACCUCAGGCCCAAUCGGUAUGCCCCAUAUUUGAUGAAGACGAUUAUUGCGUAAGCAAGCUCGUCGACGGCGUUGUCUCUCGCGGUUGUGCCACUGAAAUUCAAUGUGACGCAAACUCCAAUUCAAGGACAUGUCGCACGUGCGAGGAUAAUAAUUGCAAUGACUAUGAGUUUGUGGACGUCGCGAUUGGUAAUCCUGGCUACUUCCAAGAUCUGCCACUCAACUGUUACCACUGCAACGGUACUGAGGAAUGCAGUGAGAGUUUGGGCAAGAUCAGAAAAUGCGAGAAUAAUAAUCUACAAACCUGUACAACGGUGUUUAACAGCACAAGCGGCUUGGUGAUUGCGCGUGGCUGCAGUGAUGCGCAGGAAGAAGCAUGCGCUGAUGAUAGCAACAGCUGUUACGGUUGCAAAUCGAACGGCUGUAAUUUGGCUACGUCGGAAGCGGACUACAUCGAUUGUAUUUUCUGUGAUGCGCAAGAGGAUGAGACAUGUCUGACAAAUGUCAACGGUAUUAGACGAACUCGUAAAUGCUAUACGAGCUGCAUAACAGCUUUGUACAAUCGUACGGAUGACGCGUCACCGGUGCGCGAACUUAUACGCACUUGCCUAGACGACAUGGACUUGGACGAUCGGGAGAUAUGUGCCGCUGGCAAUGAUGCAAGUUGUAAGGCGUGUAGUAGCGAAUCGUGCAACACGGAUGAUGUGGGUACGCGCAUCUCGUGUUAUCAGUGUGUGGACGAUGAAUGCCAGGAUCCACAGCCAAAAACUUGUCGGGCGGUCAGCGAGAACGAUCGCUGUUUCGUGCAGUACGAUGAGACGGGUUCGAUUGUGGAAUUGGGAUGCCAGAGCAAGUAUGAUCCGGCUGAAGUGAAGCAGCUGAUAGUGACGCAACGUUUGUGGGUCUGCGAUGGAGAAAAUUGUAACACUAUCGAUGCUUCACCCAGCUCGCAGGCAUGCGCUAUUUGUAGUUCGGCAACGGAUUCAGCCUGCGCAAUUGCGCCCAGCGAGGUUACGUCGGCUACGACAUGUGCAAAGUUGCCCUACACGCAAUGCUAUUCACGUCUGUUGGACAGUGGUCACACGGAACGCGGUUGUUUGUCCAGCAUAGAGGGAGAGGACUUCUAUGAAUGUCUUUUGAGCACAAAUUCGACAAAAUGUUUGGCCUGCGUUGGCGCAAAUUGCAACAAGGAGAUAUAUCCCGCAAAUCGUCUGUCUUGCCAUCAAUGCAACUCCACCGCCACAGCCACCUGCGAUAAUACCCCAGCAGCUUCUGGUAUUUGCUUGAAGUACAGCUCUUCUGAGCAGUGUGUAGCUACUUUGGACGAAAACGAAAAUACCAUACGCGGUUGUAGUUCGCAAGUUUCUUGCGCUUCGGGCACUUGCCAGACCUGCCAGGACAGCGAUUGCAACACAAGCAAUCUCAAGCGAAAAAAUGACGGUAAGCCUGGCAUCUGGCAACCGUUGCCACUAAGUUGCAAAGUCUGUGACAGCCAAAGUGACUGCGCUGGCAACGCACGCAACCUCACAUGUUCCGAAACGAGUGACUAUUGUAUGACGGUGUUCGGUGAGCAGGGCGAUGUCGUGAAGCGUGGCUGCAGCACCGAUGUGGACGCCGAGUUGGGCGCAUACUGUGAUGCAAAUUCUACUCAAUGUCAUAACUGCAACUCGAAUGACUGUAACACAGCCGUCUCACUCGCGGACUACAUCGAUUGUAUCUACUGUGAUUCCGAAACCAAUGCUAACUGUGUAUCCAAUACAGAAGCUGUCGCCACACGUCGUCAGUGCAAUCAGCACUGUAUGACGGCGCUACGUCCCAGAAGCGAAAAUUCGGAUGUCUAUGAGUUGACGAGAAGUUGUCUGGAUGACAAGGAUGCUGAAGAUCAGGUCGUAUGCCAAGCUGGUAGUGAUAUAUGUGUGGCAUGCCAGGGCGCGGCAUGCAAUACAGCGAAAUUGCCGGUAUCAACGCCUCGACGCUCGUGCUACAUUUGUGAGGGUGAAGAUUGCAUAAUACCCGAUACAGCUGAAUGUCGCGCAUUCAAGGCAGACGAUCAGUGCUUUGUAUUGUUCGAUAGUGAAAGUGAUGUCAAGCGUAUGGGUUGUCUGAGCGAAUUAGAUGAUGCAUACGUGCAGGCGAAUAUAAAAUUGUUGUUAUUGUGCAGUGAAGGAGACAAUUGCAAUGGAUUUGAAAACUUCCCCACGCCCACAUCAUGCGUCCAAUGCGAUUCGGAAGAUGAUGAGACUUGUGCCAACGACCCGUCGAGCGCACCGACAGUGACAAGAUGUGCCGCACUGCCGCAUGUCGAAUGCUACACGCGCUUGCUUUCAGAUGGCACCACUCGACGUGGCUGCGCAAAUACACUCAGCCAGACUGUGCUGGUUAAUUGUCUAAGUGGAAACUCGACCAGCUGUCAAACGUGCACGAGCGAUUUGUGCAAUAGCGAGGUCUUCCCCGCUGAUCGUCAGCAGUGCUUUACCUGCACAAGUGAAGAUGAAGCGGCCUGUGAAUCGAAUCCUACACGCCUGCGGCCUUGCCCAUAUGUGACCAACACAGAAACUUGUAGAACGGCACUGGUUGGCAAUGUGACCCUGCGUGGCUGCAGUUCUGAAAUUCUGUGUGACGUCAACGAUAGAAAUUGCCGAUCUUGCGUCGGCACCGGCUGUAACAUCAUCGAUAUGAUCCAACGUGCUGAGGAUGAUGGCAUACAUGGCUGGUGGCAGGAGUUGCCACUACGUUGCCACACUUGUGAGGGUGAACACUGCUUGAACUCAUUGGGACCAGCCUAUAACUGCAGCGGCAAUGUGGAACAAGACUGUGCUACUGUAUUCACUGCCGAUGGUGAGGUGAAGCGUCGCGGUUGCUAUGAAGAUGUUGAGGAUCAUGAGCAGCGUUAUUGCCUCGAGAAUCCACACUUAUGCUUUAGCUGCAAAUCGAACGAAUGUAAUGAUGCCUGGAAUAUCACAGACUAUGUGCAGUGCAACUUCUGUACAUCCGAAACGGAUCCAUUGUGCGCCAUCAAUCCGGAAAAUGCAGUUUUCGCUAAGCGUUCAUGUCAUAAGGAAUGUAUGGUCGCCCUGAAAGACUCACAGCUCAUACGUACAUGUUUGGAUGACAAGGAGGUGAAUCAGCGUUAUGUCUGUCGCGCUAAUACAAGCGGCGGCACCGAAUGCGCUAGCUGUGACACGGACAAUUGUAAUAAUUUCGCUUUCCCAUCGGAUCGUCUUAGAUGUCACGUCUGCAGUGACGCAUCAUGUAGCACUAGUACGGCGCAAUAUUGUGCGGAGUAUGAUCAGAAUGAUUUCUGUUUUGCCAAAUACGAAAAUGGUCAACCCGAAUUGUUGGGCUGCGGCAGCGCGCAAAAUAGCAGCGAUCUGGCAGCGUGGGAGGCGGAGCGGAAACUGUAUCGCUGCACGGGUAACGAUUGUAAUGCGAUUGCGAGCUUGCCCACCACAGGUGGAUAUUGUUUGUCAUGCAAUUCGACGCUUACGCCCGCAUGCGCGCAAAAUCCCGCGACUUUGACAAUUGCCGAGGCAUGCCCGGCGCUGGAGGAUCAAUGUGUUACCUACUUGAGUACAGGUGGCCUCACGCAGCGCGGUUGUCUGAGCAAACUGUCCUCAGCCGAGCAGACUUCGUGUCAAGCAGCUGGUACAUGCGCUAUCUGCACAGGUGACAGAUGUAACAACGAGAUUUUCCCCAGUAAUCGACGCAGAUGUCACAUUUGUAAUUCAACCAGUGACAACACUUGCUCGUCAGCCCCCAAUUCGAUACAAAUCUGUCCCGUAUACGUAGCCAACGAUCGCUGUGUAACCAAACGUACGGAAUUCGUCGAACGUGGCUGCGAGUCGGAACUGACAUGUGAUACCAGCGACGAGGGUAACUGCAACAUUUGUGAAGGCGACGCCUGUAAUACAGUUGAACUGUAUGGCGGUGCACUAAUGGCUACGGCUAGUUUAUUGACAACAACCAUUUUCGCUAUUGUGGCAUUGGUGGGACUUAGAUUUAAUUAAAAACGUUUGAGUGCAAUUAUUAGGCGACUAAUAUACGUCCAACGAAUUUACAACAUACAAAAUUUGUGAUGAGCAAAGAAGGCUAACAAACAUUUUUACUUAGUAUAAAAUACUUA